AUGCAGUACAAUAAUGGCACCAGGAUAAACCACUUCUUCCUCACUGGAUUCCCUGGACUCUCUGCUCAGUACUAUGCACCUGUGUCAGUGGUGCUUCUCAUUGUCUUCUUGGCUAUAGCUUUUGGCAACAUUUUUAUAAUAGCACUUGUCAAAUGUGAACGUUCUCUUCAUAAACCAACUUACUUAAUAUUCUGUCAUCUUGCACUGACUGAUUUAGCAUUUGGAACGACGACACUCCCCAAAAUUAUUUCCAAAUACUGGUUUGAUGAUAGCUUGAUAGAAUUUAACAGCUGUUUUGUCCAAAUGUUUUUUGUGCAUUUUUUAGGAGCAGCUCACUCCCUUAUUCUAAUGGUCAUGGCCUUAGAUCGAUUUUUAGCUAUUUCCUUUCCUCUGCGUUACCCUAAUAUUUUCACAAACACUACUGCAUCAUUUCUAUGUGGUCUGUCAUGGUUAAUUUCAAUUUCUUGGAUGAUUUUUAUAGCAAUAGAUGCGUAUACUUUAUCUUACUGUGAAUCUAAUAUCAUUGUCCAGUGCUACUGCGACCACAUUGGCAUCACUGCGCUGGGAUGUGAGAAUGUGCGAGAUGUACAGGUCAUAGCUUUUGGUGGCGCUAUGUUUUUCUUGUUAGUGCCAUUGACUUUUAUUAUAUUUUCUUAUUUUGCUAUCAUCGUGGCCGUCAUGAGGAUAUCCAGCCACGAGAGCCGUGUAAGGACCCUUUCAACAUGCACUCCACAGCUGCUUAUCACAUUACUGUAUUACGCGCCCAGAUGCUUUGUGUAUCUGGCCAACAAUGUAGGUUUCACAUUUAGUGUUCCUGUUCGUAUUUUAGUGGUUAUGCUUUAUAGUCUGAUACCUGCAGCAGUGAAUCCACUGAUAUACUGCUUUAAAACAAAAAAUAUCAAAGAAUGUUUGAAUAAAAGAUAUAAUAGGACAAAAGUCCAGGUGGGUUUAUGGCAAUAG